AUGAUCGUGCGCACCUACGGCCGCAGAUCCCGCACCUUCUCCGACGGCGCCGCCGGCGCCGGCGCCGGCGGAGGCGGAGGGGACCGCGGGCUCUCGUCCUCGCAGGACGCGUUCGACUUCGACGCCGGGGAUGGGGACGACGAGCUCGCAGCGCUUGGCUCGUCCGCGUCGCAGCCCUUCCCGCCCUCGCAGGAGUCCUCCUCGAUGUGGGACUUCGACGAGGACCCGCCCACGCAGCCGCCGCCGCCCCGGCUAGAGGGGCCGCGCCGUAAGGGGCGCCGCGGGAGGCACGCCGAGCUCGAGCCCGAGGCGGCCACCGCCACGCUCAUGGAGGCCGAGGAGUACGGGGAGAUGAUGGAGAGCGUCGACGAGGUCAAUUUCGCGCUCGACGGGCUGCGGCCCACCGCGCCCAGGCGGGUGCGCCGGGCCAGCCUGCUCGCGCUGCUCGGGAUCUGCGCGUCCGCCGCGCGCCGCCGCGUCCUCCGGGCUCAGGGAUUGGUAAAGCAAAUUAUAGAUAAUGUUUUGGCUCUGAACAUUGAUGAUCCUUCCUGUGGUGUUGCGGCGGCAGCUCUUUUAUUUGUUUUGGCAAGUGAUGUACAAGAGAAUCAUGUGCUAAAUUCAGAAUCGUGUAUUCGGUUUCUUCUUAAAUUAUUAAAUCCUCCAAUGGACGCAAAUGAUGUCAAAGCACCAUCUAUAGGUUCCAAACUCCUUGGAAUCAGUAAAGUUCAAAUGUUUAAUGGCUCAAAUAAGGAUUCCGAUUCCAGCUCAGAGGAUAUCAUAUCAAAAGUUGAAGAAAUCCUCUUAAGCUGUAAAGAAAUCAAGCCACUUGACAGGGAUGGCAAGAGAACAUCAAGGCCAGAAUUAUGUUCAAAAUGGCUUGCUUUGUUGACAAUGGAAAAAGCAUGUUUGUCAGCUGUCGCAUUAGAGGAGACUUCUGACAUGGUGACCAGAGUUGGAGGGGAUUUCAAAGAAACAUUAAGGGCAUUGGGUGGUCUUGAUAAUAUUUUUGAUGUUAUGGUUGAUUGUCAUUCCUCACUGGAGGGAAUUGUAAAGGACACCUCCACUCUGUCCUUGGACAUGAAGGAAGGAACAUCUUUGCAAAGUGCUGCGCUCCUCCUGAAAUGUUUGAAAAUUUUAGAGAAUGCCACAUUCUUAAGUGAUCAGAACAAGACCCAUUUGCUCAGCAUGAGUAGAAAAUUGAGUCCCAGAGGCUCUACAGUUUCUCUUGCUGGUGUCAUUAUCAAUAUUGUUGAAUUAUUAUCAGUACUGUCUCUCCUUCAGAAUUCUUCCACUGUUUCAAGCAGUACAGAUAAAAAAUCUUCCAAAGGUUGUAAAGGGGGCUGCUCUGCAGACAUCAAGGGUGCAACUACAUUGAAUGGUCAUGGCAAGGGCAAGAACUCGAAGAAAAAUAAGCUUUCGCUGAACCAGAAAUGCCAAAAUUGCUCAUCUUCCAAAUUAGAUGCUUCCCAUAUUAGUAUAUCUUCUACUAGUGACGUUGGCCUAUCACAAAUGACACUUGAUUGUUCCCAGUCUACUUCAAGCAACAGGGCAUCAAGUGGUUCAUUAGGUGCGAGGCACAGCAAUGGUCUUGGUCUUGGUCUGAAGCUUAAUAUAAGAAAGGAACGUGGUAAAGCCAACCCAAUUAGAGGCUCAAGUGGAUGGGUUUCUAUAACGGCACAUAGUUCUGAUGGAACGUCCAGAGAAAUGGCAAAACGACGACGUCUGUCUGAAAAUGGCAACAGUGAUUUGAGAAGUGGCAGUGGUAGUGAUCCUUUUGCAUUUGAUGAUGUUGAUCAGGAGCCUGAACUAUUUGGUCAAAAAAAGAGAUCAACACAUGGCCGUCAAGCAAAAUCAGCGAAUGAGAAAUUGUCGGACGAUCGUGGGAUUGCUGCGAUUGGAAGUCAGGAAUCAUAUCAACCUGAAGAUAAUCAUCAUCUGGGUGCAACAUCCCAUUCUAAUGUUGACGAUGAUUCCAGUCUUUUGGAAGACUGCCUUUUGGCAUCAAUUAAGGCUUGCCUCCUAUUGAAGGUUGAAGGUUCUGCUAAAAGUUACAAUAAGCUUAUUAAACUGAAGAUAAAAUUAAUCCAGAGCAUGAAUGAACUUGCUCGUAUGGUUCUUAUGAACUUAGCAAAUGACAACCCAUCUGGUUGUGAACAUAUUGCAUCAUGUGGUGGACUUAACACCAUGGCCUCCUUGAUCAUCAAGCAUUUCCCUUCAUUUGAUUUCUCCGUGGACACUGGCCGAGAUGUCGAUCUUGGACAAGACCUCACCGAUUCUGAGGACAGCAAAGCAUGCCAAGUGAAAGCUAAGCAACUGCGAGAUCAUGAGCUUGAUUUUCUGGUUGCCAUAUUGGGCUUGCUUGUCAAUCUCGUGGAAAAAGAUAGCCUUAAUAGGGUGCGGCUUGCAUCUGCCCGUGUUUCUGUGGAUCUGUCUAAGAACGCACAGAGUGAAAAGGCACAGAGGGAUGUUAUACCACUCCUCUGUUCAAUCUUCUUAGCAAGUAAAGGUUCUGGGGAAGCUUCUGCAACUAUAUCACCGGAUGAUGAAGAGUCAAUGUUGCAAGGAGCACGGGAAGCUGAAAUGAUGAUCGUGGAGGCCUAUGCAGCCCUCGUGCUUGGCUUUCUUUCGAUAGAAAGCAUGAAGGUUCGAGGAGCGAUUUCCAGCUGCCUUCCAAAUAACAACUUGAAAGUUCUUGUGCCUGUGCUAGAGAAAUUUGUGGCGUUUCAUCUGCAGCUUAAUAUGAUGACAGACGAAACACACUCAUCUGUUACAGAAGUUAUCGAAAAAUGCAAACUAUGA